GGAGCCAAAAAAAGUAUCGAAAGGAGGUAGAGAGUGAACGACUGAAGGUGACUCAUACAGUGAAAGAGAGAGCCUGGUCCUUUGCAUCUGCAGCCCUCCUAGUUUAUAGAAAAAUCAUUGUAGAUAUACUAUAAAAUGUUUGAAAAAUAGAUCUGAAAAUAAAACCAUGUAAUUACCAGGAUAUCAAGUACUUUUUUGUUUUUUAUUUUCUCUUUUUUUUCUGACAUUGGAUAACAAGCGGGCGCUACGUACAGAUCAGAACCUAUUAUCAACAGGAGUAGUGGAAUGGGAAGCAUCCAAACAUAACUAUGACAAUGACAAAGACAAAUGCCCCUGCUCUCAAUGAGGACGACUUCAUCGUGGUAGGAGUACACCGCCUUUUCAACUCCACAUCCGUCGAUCCUUCGCUUCAUCCUUCCUGUAGUAUCGACGAGUCCUACAAGUAUAUCUUCCUUCCUCUCUGCUACUCCUUCACCUUCCUCUUCUCCAUCUCCCUCAACUCCAUCAUUCUCUGGCGCUCCUUCAGACGCACCAAGCGCUGGAACGCCUCUCUCAUCUACAUGGUCAACCUUGCUUCAACGGACUUCAUGUAUGGGUUGUCACUCCCCUUUCUGGUGGCUAGCUAUGUGAUGCGUGACCAGUGGAUCUUCGGGGACUUCAUGUGCCGAUUGGUCCGUUUUCUGUUCUAUUUCAACCUGUACUGUUCGAUAUUCUUCCUGACGUGUAUAUCUGUACAUCGCUACCUGGGGAUAUGUCAUCCUAUGAGGACCAUCACAUUGGAGACCAAGAGAGCGGUCAAAGGAACAUGUGUGUUGGUGUGGGUGGUCGUCUUUGCUCUUACAUGUCCUAUCUUCCGGUUCGCCCAAACGAGCCUCGUGAUGAGAGGCUUAGGUGGUGAGGCAAUGGCAAUCAAUGGCAAUAACACUGGAACCGGGGGGGUGGAGACUUAUCAAAACUGUUGGGAUGAUGCCAUCGAUAAGGAGUUCCAAGACUAUGUUCCGUAUGGAAUCAUCCUCCAUCUUCUAGGGUUCUUCCUCCCGUUCUCUAUCAUCGCUUGGUGUUACUCGCAUGUGGUUCUCACCAUUUUCCGGACACUGCACUCCCAGCCCCAGCCACGGGGCAGGGCAGAGGACGGAGGAGGUGGGGGACGUGGAGGAGGAGCAAAAAGGAAUGGAGCCGGAGUUGUAGGUGGAGGACUUCAGGGUGGAGAAGAGGGGGCGUCGAUAGUUCUCGGCGCCCAUUCUCCGUAUGCCCACCGACGCCGGAAAUCCAUCAAGACCAUCAUCACCAUAACCCUCCUCUUUGCCCUCUGUUUCUUCCCUUUCCACGUCACCAGGACCAUUUUCCUCAUCCGGAAAGUGACAAAGGGUGUCCCGUGUCACACCAUGACGAUGGUGUCCAUGUGCUAUAAGAUCACCAGGCCACUGGCGUCAUUCAACGCUUGGCUUAAUGCCCUCCUUUACUUCCUCACCAAGGAGAAAGGGGCUGGCACCCCCUGUUGCCAACCCCCAGACACUACCUCCAACAACCAGCAGCACGGGCUCCUUUGGCCCCUGAGGAUGCUGGGAAGAGUGGGGGAAGGCGAAAGGGGUGAGGAGGGGGGUGUGGUCAACAAUUGGCAGGCUUAGGAUAGGUGGUUGGCUCCACAGUGGUUCUUAAACUCUUUCAGCUCAAUACUCAAAUGAGAUCCUGGACCCAAAUCGCCCUUCGCACAAUUAUGAAAUAUUAUGUAAUGAAUUUUCUCAUAACUCGCGACCCAUAAAUUUAGAAACCCUGUGUGAUGGCGCACAUUUUGUAUAGUCCAUGUUUUUUUUUCAAAGGUAGACUUUUGUGAAAAAUAUAUAUGGUUGGGUGUUGAAUUCAGAAUGUGGAAACAACCAUUUUAACGCAAAGGAGCAUUAGAGCCAAUCAUUAGAGAUAAUCAUACUAUCAUUGGUACAUAACGAAUGCUGAUGAAUGCAUCAAGAUGAUGAUACUACUGUACCAUUAAAACUUUGAUGAACUUAGCUACUGUGGCUAGUGAAAGCAUACCAACCCCUUGCAGUCUUCACAUUUUGCUGCCUUUUCUUCUCCAAUUUAAUGUAAUUUCAAACUAAAUGUACUGAUCAAAUUUGUUGGAUAUGCAUUAUGUUCCCUUGAAUCUUGUUUUUCAAUCUGAAAGAGGUUAUAUGCAUUGCUAGAACCUCAUUUUGCUAUGGGAUG